UAUGAAUCUCAACGCUCAACUCUAUCCCCUCCCAUUCCAACAUAUUAUUUAGUCGUGAUAGUGAUAAUGACCUCCGAUAUUGAGCUUUUUGAUGCGGAUAGAUUUGCUGUGAAAUCAAGAGAUGAUGGCUACUACCCGGUUAUCCUCAACCUCCAGAUCGUGCCGAGGGAGGAGUGGGGGGCUUUGCCCCCUCGGACCCUUGGGGAGGCCCAGGGAGGGAUCGUGGGCAACAUCGUCGCUACACUCAACACUGAUACAACCCCCUGCGUAAACCCUGAGGAGUGCGAGAGAACUGUGCGGGAGAUUCAGAGAAAACAGCUGCAACAGGGAUACAGCGAUAUACAGUACAAUUUUCUGGUUGGUUGUGACGGGAGGGUGUACGAGGGAAGAGGGUGGUACUGCAAGUCUUGCCCUAAGUUGGAGACUCCAAAGGGUUUAAAUACAGAAAAGGCGAGGCUGGACAUUGCCUACAUUGGGGACUGGAGAAAUGAUUUGAACCCAGCCUUCUCAAUGCUGGAUCCUACUUUCACUUUAUUCAUGUUUGGUAUGCAAGGCAAUUAUAUAGAGGCUAAAUACAGAUUUUUUGAGUUGGACAAAAGAUAUGUGAAGCCAGAAAAAGAACCAGAGAUCAAUGAUUUUCAAUGAUUCUCAAACUACCGACGAGGCAAGAGUCACAUACCUGCAGUGAUUCAUAGAACUAAACGUUGAUGUGCAAGAGUUUAAAGGUGAUAAAAGUCAGUUUCAAGUGAUUGGACCAGAUUAAUCUACAAUUAUUUUACACAUUCCUCUUGAUAUUAUGAGUUAUAUACCAUCUAUGAAAUCUUGUGGAUUGAGGGUGAAAUUAUUAAAAACUAGGGAUAUAAAAAACAUAUUUUACUAAAACAAUUAAAAUAUAUUUUGUUAAAGGCUUGGUUGAAAUGCUUUUCACUAAGUCCAGCAAAGUUCUUAGUUUUUUUUUUUUAUGUAAUAGGUGAGUGAGGAUAGAAUUUUAUAGCUAAAUUAUUAACUAAAUUAGGACUAAAUUAUUAACAUAUUGUUGUUUUUGAAAUUUUAGUCAAAUAUUUUUUAGUCAAAUAUUUUGUAUAGUUUAAGCUAUUGAAAUUCUAUUUAACAUA